GUAGGGUAGUUUGCCAAUUGUUGCACACUUAAGGGAACAGCCAACGUAUUUCAUAAGUUUGAGAGGGAUACAACCACAAUAUUCAUGUUAUGUGUGUCUAGUUUACAUCAUUAUUGUUUAAAAAACAUCAUACAUAUAUGUUGUAUUUUAAGCAGAAAAUGAUAAUGUCAAGAAAUACUGAUAUUUAAACCUAUUCAAAAGCCCAAUUCCAAAAUGUUGUACAUUUACAAAAACUCAAAGUUCUAUUUUUUCACACCUUUAAAUGCACUGAAACCGACGAAAAAGAAAUCUAUUCUAGAUAUUUUUCUAUUGAACAGUGUUUAGGACAAUACGAAACGCUGUUACAUUAACACGUUUGUGCUUGGUUCAAGCUGGAAUUCCGCAAAAUAAGUAGCAACUUGCGGCACUUGCUGCCAGACGCCAAUGGUAGACAAAAGACUCAAAAUUAAGCCACGAUGAAAAAAUAAGGCUUUGGACUGUGCAAUAAAAUAGGAUCGAAGCGCUCUCUUUGUUCUAAUUAUUCUAAAAAAAUAUUAUUAUAUUAUUAUUAUUAUUAUAAAUUAUUAUUAUUAUUAUAAAAGUCUACAUUUUUACUGUGAUAGGAAAAAAAACUUUCAUCUUCAUCAUAGUAGCAAUAGGAUUAGGUUUCACUCUUUAUUUAACAUAGGAUCCGAUGAGGUGAAAGCAUCCAAAUUUCAAGUGAAAAUAAUUCUAAAAAAAAUUAAUAAUUAUAAGUUUAUUCCAAUCAAACUAAAUCAUGAAUCAACAGUCUAUAUUAAUUAACUCAGAACAAAAAUCGUACGAAAUGUUUGCCGAACCAGUGCACUUCCCACUCGUGAUUGGAAAUGAAAUAUUCAUCAUCACUUGGCAAGAUCAGCGGAACAUAAUCGAUCGGCGGAACUGGUUUUUGUCGCGUCCUCCCAAUUCUACACCGACAAGUAUCGAAUGUACAAUGGGUGGAGACCAGACUGCUAUGAUCAACUAUCAAUCUCUGUUAGCACAAAUAUUGCACGAGCUGCGCGGGAACGGUGCGGCUUACGUAUCAAACCUGCCACCUGGUCAAAAUAUGGAUGCUAGACAGUGCAAACCUUUUGCUUCCACUACGAGAAGAAAACCGAUACAGAGGAUUUACCGUACUAUCAAAACCGAGAUCGUCUGCGAGCACCGAACGGAGUAAGGGCGGUGAAACAUGUGCACUAUUAUGUCGAGUCUGCCGUUAAAAGCGUGGGCACCAAUACGUCCACCACGGAUCAGCCAAUGGAAACAGAAGAAAUCACCGAUAUCGAAGAUUUAGAGCUGUAGUUUGCAAGAAUCAUUUUUAAAAUAAAAUCCCUUCGGUUCAAACUGAUUGUCAUAUCGGAACAAGCAACAUUUGCACCAACUGUCAAACUGAGGCCAAGCGUGGGAAACAAAAAAAACACACACAUACUGUCAUGAGCCAACCUUUCCCAUCUGUCGAUUGAUCUGUCUUCUACCAGUUUGUUUACGUUGUUUGUUUGUUGUGAAAAGAACCAACUUUUUAUUGCAACUUUUUAUCUUAAAUUUUACUCAGCAUGAAACUGCCGCAGUUUGUAAAAGUGCAUUGAAACCCGCCAGCAAAACAAUAUGAGUUCCAACAUGAGUCGGGGUCGGUGUGUCGCUUGCCAUAUCGAGGAACCGGGCAUGAUAGCGAUCUACCAGCAUCCCCGGGGUGUCGAUCGGCUUUGGACAUACGUGACCGGAAUCAUCGUAAAAUCCAAAGACGAACUUUGCAUACCUUGCUACGACGAGCUGCGGAUAGCACACCGGUUUAAGGAGAAGUGUAUCCACAACAACAUUGACCGUCUGGGCCUGGGGGGACUACCGCGAAUAUCCGCAUCCCACACGUUGCAACAGACCACUCCGACCAGUGAUGAUUCGAUUAGUGCUCCUCUUAUGACGUCAGAACCGCCGGUGGCUGGGCGAAUGGGCGAAAGCAGUCACGCUGCCGCCGAAGAGUGUCUGCAAAUAGCGCCCGGAAAUGACGUGUCCAGCACCGAGCGGCUAGAUAUUGUGAUCAAAUCGGAAAGGCUUCCGGAAGAACAGGAAGAACCGUUACAGGAGGCGGUAGCGGAAGAACAGCCCGAUGAUUCCGUUUCGCUACUAAACGACAGUACAGCUGCCAGAACGGACUGCAACGGCCAAGAAACAUCGCCAGCACUGGAGGUAGUUAAGAUGGAGCUGGAGCUUUCGCUUGACGAUAUAGGACUGCGGGCCGAAUCACUCUCAGUGGACAGCUUUAACGAUGAAACGGAGGAAGGGAAAGAUGACGUUAACAGUAAGACGGAGCACGUUGACUCUCCAGCCGAAUCCGGAUCGGUACUGAAGUGUGUUCAGUGCGGACAGCUGUUCCAUACCCGGGCGGCACUCAAACAGCACCAGCAGCUCGACCACAAGAAGCUGCGCCGGGACAACACGAAUGCCGUCAAAUUUCGGCGCGUGCUUUCGGGCAAGAUCAAUGCACUCAUGUGCCGGUACUGCUAUCGCGAAUUUAACGAACCGGAAGCGAAGGCCUUGCACGAGAAAACGCACCUCACCGAUCCGAAACCAUUCCAGUGUUCCUAUGACGAUUGCAAUCGGCUGUUCCAGAACCGGUCCGCGCUGAAUCGGCACUUUUACACGCACGUCAUCCCGAAGCGGUUCAAGUGCAGCGUGUGCCCGAAACGGUUCCACCAGCAAAGCUCGAUGGUGGUGCACGAACGGUUGCACCGCGGCGACAAGCCCCACAUUUGUCCGCAGUGCGGCAAGGGCUUUACGCACGUUUCCAACGUGAAGCGUCACAUCCGGUUUCACAACGGUGAAAAACCGUACCAGUGUGGCAAGUGUCCGGCACGGUUCACUACCAGCACCGAUCUACGGCGGCACAUGAACAGCAGGCGGUGCAUGAUGAUGUGGGCGCUCAAGGCGGCCAAGUAGAUGUUGUGGGACUGAGGCAAGGCUUACAGUGUGCAUGGGCGGGGGGAUUGGUUUAUAAGGCAGAUGAUGAUUUUAUAUUUGCUACGAGGGAAACAUUAUGCAUUAAAAAAGUAGUGGUUCGCA